GAGAGGCGACCCAGCAAGCAGAAAGCUCCCCUCCGACUCUAUCUGUCAUUCGGUAAAUCAUAACAACAAACAUGGCGGGUAUCAAAGCACUAGUGAGCUUGGCAUUUUCAGCUUCCAUUGGACUCAUGUUCCUGAUUCUAGCUUGUGCAUUGCCAGAAUACCAGCAAUGGUGGCCCUUCUUCGUGCUCAUCUUCUAUAUUUUGGCACCAAUCCCGAGUCUUAUAGGCCGAAGAAUGUCUGAAGAUUCUGGUGGAAGUAACCCCUGUAAAAGAAUAUUGGCUUACUUUUUAACAGCGGUUGGUGUGUCAGCAUUUGGUCUUCCUAUUGUUUUAGCUCGAUCACCUUCAUCUGCACCAGUGAUCCAGUGGGGUGCUUGUGCAUUAGUACUUGCUGGAAAUGUCGUCACAUUUCUAACCAUCUGGGGUUUCUUUGUUAUGGCUGACAGUGAUGAUGUGGAAUACAGCAUGUGGUGAGAGUGAUUGUGAUUUGAGACUUGAAAACAGUUGUAGUUUGUAAAUGAUCAAGAACUGACGUCAUGCCUCAUAUAUGGAUUGUUGAUCUGAGUGUUAACUUGGACCUGACCUACUUAAUCUUUUUAGUGCAUAGGUUCUAGUACUAUUUUCAUGUCUUUAUGUGGUCCAGGAUAUUUAAGUUAGUGAUUACAUUGAAUACUGUAUUAAAAAAGAUUGUAAA